AUGACAUCCACAACACCCAACACCGAAGGAGAAAGAGGAGGAGGAGGAGGCUUCCUCCCACCGACCCUCCCAUCCCCCGCCCCCUCCACCCCACGACCAAGCACGCCCUCCCUCCUCCCAAAACCGCGAACGCAUCCUCUGCGCGCAGGGUCCGCCAAAGAAGCAACAGUGAUUAAUCACAUCGAUACGACGUUACUGAGGAUUUCGCGCCGGCACGCAAAGAAAUUCAGUAGUGCUUAUUAUAAGCCUAAUGAUGAUGAUGAUGAUGAUGAUGAUGAUGAUGAUGCUGGAUUCAACUCUAAUAAUGCGACGGGUUAUUCCCCGGAGUCGUUCGAAGCUCGGAGGGGAGGGAAUGAUGGAGGAGAAGGAGAUGUGCAGGGCUAUGAAAGCUUCAAGGAAGUAGCGAGGGAAUUGGAGGGUUUGGUGGAUGUGCUUUGGGUUAGUGGGACGCCAUCCCUCCAAAUCCCCUACCUCAUCUCCCUAGCCAUCCAGGUCAACUCCUACCUGCCCGAGUAUCCCUUCUCAGCGGCGCCUACGUUCCGCUUACUGCGGAAGUUGGAUGAGGUGUUUGCGGAGCUUUUAGGUGGUGGUAGUGGUAACGGGGAGAAAAAGAGUGUGGUGUCCAUGACGGAGAAGGUCCGGAUUAAGAGUAUUGCGGAGUCGUGUCGGGUGUUGGUUGUUGAGAAGAGAGAGAAGGAAAUUGAGGAUGCUAAUGGGGCAGAGGAUGAUGAUUAUGAUGAGGAUGAGGAUGAAGAGUUCGAGGAUGUCUAUGGGGAUGCGAAUAAAUUGGAGGAUUAUAUGCCUGUUCCUGGGAAGUGGGAGAUGGAGACGGCGAAGGUUUAUGAGAGGACGAUUCAGUUGUUGGGCGAUGAGUUGGGGAAUGUCGGUGAGUUUUGUGAUGAGGAUUUGGCCGCGGGGGAUGGAGGGGUUUGUGAUACGGGAGAUUUUGUGGUGGAGUUGGAGGAUGAUGAUGAUUGA